AACCUAAAACCUAAGCAGUGGCCGCCACUAAGUACUAGCACGUUGCACGUUGCACGAACCCGACUCCAGCGCAGUCGCAGCUUUGGGUUGGCCGCACCAGAGGACUAGAACAGAGCAGCGGCGAGGAACUACACAACCAUAGUCCAAAGCGCUUCCAAGUGGUGAAGCGCAAUGGGCGGCGGCAGAGGAAGAGGAAACAGAUCCAGAACUCAAAGAAAGCACUUCCGCGAUGGCCGGGAGAACGUUUGGAAACGCUCCAAAUCCCAAGCUUCCUCUGAUUCCAACAACACUAGCACCGAUAAUCCUACUUGGCAGCCCUUCGCCACUCAAAACCAGGCCUUCGAUGAAUACUACAAGGAGGAAGGGAUAGUGCCACCUGAAGAGUGGGACACCUUUGUAGAAUUUCUUCGAACACCGUUGCCUGCUGCUUUCAGAAUCAAUUCUAGUAGCCAGUUUUGUGCAGAUAUUAGAUCUCAGUUAGAGAAUGACUUUAUGAAAUCUCUAAAAGCUGAAGUUACUGAAGGUGGUGGUGAAGUGGAGGCAAUCAGACCGCUGCCUUGGUAUCCUGAUAAUCUUGCUUGGCAUUCAAAUUUUUCUCGAAUGCAGCUAAGGAAGAACCAAACCCUUGAGAGGUUUCAUGAGUUCUUAAAGCUGGAAAAUGAAAUUGGAAACAUCACAAGACAGGAGGCUGUCAGCAUGGUUCCUCCUCUCUUCUUGGAUGUAUCUCCUAAUCAUUUUGUACUUGAUAUGUGUGCUGCACCAGGUUCGAAAACAUUUCAGUUGCUGGAGAUUAUAUAUCAAUCAACUAAACCAGGAUCACUGCCUGAUGGAAUGGUUAUAGCUAAUGACCUUGAUGUCCAAAGAUGUAACCUUCUGAUUCACCAAACGAAAAGAAUGUGCACUGCUAACUUAAUAGUCACAAAUAAUGAGGCCCAACAUUUCCCUGGAUGCCGCGCACACAAAAAUUUCUCUAAAGCUUCUGAGAUUGAAUUGGAGCCCCCCAUUAGUCAACUUCUUUUUGAUCGUGUCUUAUGUGAUGUUCCCUGUAGUGGAGAUGGCACACUUCGCAAGGCUCCUGAUCUGUGGAGGAAAUGGAAUUCAGGGAUGGGAAAUGGACUUCAUCCGCUACAAAUUCAGAUAGCAAUGCGAGGCUUAUCCUUGCUUAAAGUUGGCGGAAGAAUGGUUUACUCAACCUGCUCAAUGAAUCCAGUUGAAAAUGAGGCUGUUGUUGCUGAGAUUUUACGGAGGUGCGGAGGGUCUGUUGAGCUAGUUGAUGUCUCCAGUGAGCUUCCUCAACUUGUUCGUCGGCCAGGGCUAAGAAAUUGGAAGGUACGUGAUAGGGGUAUUUGGUUAUCUUCCCACAAAGAUGCCUUGAAAUUCCACAGAUUUGGGAUUCUUCCAAGCAUGUUUCCUUCUGGAAGAAGGUAUGUUGCCCCAACAGAUGGGGAUCAUAAGAAUGAGAAUGGUGCUAAUGUGAAUUCUGAAGAUGAGCCAAUGGAAGAUCCUAUGAUUUCAACGGAUGACUGGAAUGAGGAAGUUUCUGAUAUCCCCCUAGAACGUUGCAUGAGGAUAGUGCCUCAUGAUCAGAACAGUGGGGCCUUUUUCAUUGCUGUCCUCCACAAACUCUCUCCGUUGCCAGUCAUUCAGGAAAAACCCAGUCGGCGAGGAAAUUCAUUAACUAAAAGGGAUGAAAUACAAGAGAAGUUAUCAGAACAGGUUACUGAAUGUAAUAAUGGAGUGGAGCUAAACUCAGAAGAUGCUGCAUCAGAGAAAUUUUCUGAAGCAGCUUCAGAGGCUGAUUUAAUUGAGAAAGAAAUGGAUGAGACUGCUUCUGUGCCUGAUCCUUGUAAUACUGACGAUGAAAAUGAUUCGGAGAAAGCUAAAUUGUUGGUUGAGGGGGAGACCCCAUCUGGGAAGGCUGUAGGGAAGAGAAAGUUGCAAAUUCAAGGCAAAUGGAAAGGGGUUGACCCUGUGAUUUUCUUCAAAGAUGAAGCCAUUAUCAACAGCAUAAAGGCAUUCUAUGGUAUUGAUGAGUCAUUUCCAUUCGGUGGUCACCUAAUCUCAAGAAACAUCGAUAACAAUCACGUGAAGAGAAUUUACUACAUUUCAAAGUCGGUCAAGGAUGUUCUAGAGCUGAAUCUCCUUGUUGGCCAGCAACUCAAGAUUGCAUCAGUUGGCCUUAAGAUGUUUGAGCGACAAACAUCAAGAGAAGGAACUACUGCACCAUGUUCAUUUCGGAUAUCAUCUGAAGGAUUGCCAGUGAUUCUUCCUCACAUCACCAAACAGAUCUUAUAUGCCUCUCCAGUAGACUUCAAGCAUCUUUUGCAGUAUAAAGCUAUCAAAUUCAUGGACUUUGUUGAUGCCGAGUUUGGAGAGAAAGCAUCAAAGCUUAUGAUGGGUUGCUCUGUUAUAGUUUUAAGAGAUGCCAAAACUUCGUCAGAGCCAAUCCAGUUGGACGCAUCAACAAUAGCCAUUGGUUGCUGGAAGGGUAGGGGCAGUUUGAGUGUGAUGGUGACAGCAAUCGACUGCCAAGAACUGCUUGAAAGGCUUUCAGCGCGCAUGGAGACCGAAAAGGGCUCUUCAGCGCAAGAAAACAACGUCGAGGGCGUCGAGUUGCAGGAUAUGAAUGGGAUUGAAGAAGCUGAGAGAUCUUAUACGACUAAAGAAGCUACAAAUGACUGAAGUGACUAAAUUUUUACUAGAUUACGUGCAUUAGUCAUUGGUGCUGUUAUUGUUGACACAGCACACUAUUGCCUUUUGGGCUCCAUUUUUGGGUCAAAAUCUUACAAUAUUUUUGGUAUUUUUUUUUUAAAAAAAAAAAUGUAACCCGACAUUUCUGAUGUAAUGAGGCAACUCUUAAGUUGAAUACUUUGUUGAAAAUUUUUGGUGCUGAAAAUAACGCCAAUCCAAAAAUUCAAUAUGUUGCUUAGGGAUCGUGAUUAUUAUAUGUACGGACAUAUUUAUUUUUUCACCA